AUGGCGGCGUUGGAGGAUCGAUCCUUCGACGAAGACGAAGGUGACGUCCCACCGCUGCUGCAGGUCCCAUCCGACCAUCUGCCCGCUCCGGCUCCUCCGCCAGCACCACCACAGCUAUUGCCGACACCCGUCGAUUCUCUCACUGGCGCACUCGUCGAGGUACACUCACUCAGUUCGCGCCCGGAGCUCAACGGUGCCAUCGGCAGCGCGUGCAGCUGGCUGGCUGAGUCCGGGAGGUAUGAAGUGCGCAUCAUGAGCGGCGCCAAACCCGUCAGACUGUGCGUCAGACCCGCCAACCUGAGACGCGCGCCGCCGGAAGCAGCACGCAGACCUGUUGCCAGCGGAGCAUUGCCUGUCGUGCGUGGUGAUGGCCGCGGCGGCGCGUCUACGCUGCAGCUGCCCGAGGUGCAGAGCAGCAUGGCGGAGGCGGAGGCUGCGGCGGGUGGCGCUGUCGCAGGCGCAUCGUGGGUGACACCGGAGCUGCUGGCCAAGGUAGCUGCCGACCCGCUGCUGCGCAAGGCCUUCACGGACGCGCGGUGCGCCGAGGCGAUGGAGGCGCUGCAGACCGACCCCAAGUCGGCGAUGGAGCGGUACGGCCACGCCUUCCUCAAGCUGAUGGGGGAGCACUUCAGCGCACUCGGCGAGGAGGGAGCGGCGCGAGAGGCCGCCAUCCGCCCGGCCGCCGUAGAGACGGCUGAGGAGCGCUCGGCGCGCGAGGCGGCGGACAAGGCGCUGCGCGACCCCGAGGUGGUUGCGAUCCUGCAGGAGCCGCGCAUGCAGGCGCUGCUGCAGCGGCUGCACGAGGGGAGGUCGCUCGAGGUCGAGGCGGAGAUGCGCGCGCCCGACACGAUGCGCAAGCUGCGCCGGCUCGCGGAAGCGGGCCUCAUCGGGAUGCACUUCGGCAGCCCUUGA